GAGGAGGAGGCGGCGGCGGCAGCGGCAGCGGCGAAGCCGUCUCGCCUCACCCCGCUGCGGGGACGGAGCUUAUUCUUUAACUGCUUGCGCCUGUCUACGGAGAGGCCGCGCUACCAACCCGAUCGAGAAAUUGGCUCGCCUCCUGUUCCCCCGUGGGCGGGAGCGGGGGCCCUACCCCCGCAGGCUGAGGGGAGAGGGGAGUUCCGUCCGCCCCGCCGCGGAGGGGCUGAGGGAAAGCAGAGUCCCCUUCGUCCCUCUCCCUGUGCCUCUUAUCCACCGCAGAGAGAGACCUUCCUUCUAACCCCUUCCCUGGUGGGGAGAGGGGAGAGGGAUCCCCCUGCCCUCACCCCUGUCAAGCCGGGCUCCCCUGCCCUUUGCUCCCCGUCAGGCGGAGGGUGAGUCAGACGUCUCGCAGGCUGCGAGCAGGUGGUGGGACUGGACCAGGGUGAACUCCUUCUUCGAGUCCUUCGGCCUGUGAAACUCUCGCCAUGGCUGUCGGUGGGGUCGGGACCUCGCUCCUCCUGAUGGCCGGCAUCAUGGUAACAGUGGGGCUGUGCAGGAGAUUAACCCGCCGCCGGCUGCGCUCCCACCAGCGUCUUUGCACUUUCCUUUUGGAGAUGUUUAGCACCUUCCAGAUUUGCGCCUGCACUAAUGAGCUCUGCCUGCUCGGCAAUGUGGAGCCAAAGCCGCAUACCUCCCUCACGCUCACCUAUGGUUUCACCGUCCUGCACGGCUUGACUCUGACUGGGAGCACAUGCAAUCCCUGUGGCACCUUGCAGCCAAUGUGGGGCGGUGGGAUAUCGGUCAAGAUGGGUGGACUCAAGAUCGGCGCUCAGUUCAUGGCUGCAGUGCUUGCCAGAGUGUUUAUGCACUUCAUCUGGAGCCUGGAGAUGGCAGAACCACAUUUUGGAGCACUCUCACAGGGCUGCAGCAACCCCAUGCAGACUACAGAGACGCAGGCGUUCUGCAUAGAACUGCUCUUUUCUGUUGUUUUCCAGCUGACCAUCCUGCGAGUGGAAAGCGUUAAUUCCAAAUACCGAGUCCAUUUGAUUGCUCUACUCAUCACCAUGCUCGUGUAUGCAGGUGGAAAUCUCACAGGAGCAAUAUUUAACCCAGCAUUGGCUUUUUCAUUACAUCCAAAUUGUUUCUAUGACAAAUUUUUGAGUUAUUCACUAGUAUAUUGGAUAGCACCUUCCUUAGGUACAAUACUUGUGGCUUUUAUAUGGGAUGAAAUCCUUCCUCGGAUAUCCUGAGACAUCAAUUCUGAAAUCUAGCAGUACUACAUUAAAAAAAUACUUUCAACAUCUGCAGACAUGAAGCUUUCAGAAAACUGCUGACAGACUCCCAUACCACCUUUCAGUUGUAUUUUCAGAUUUCAUGUUUGAAAUAUUUGACUUACAACUUUGUAUUCAAAUACUUAUUUUGUAAUAGCAUAUUGGGAUUUUGAAACUAUCUGCCAACAUUUUCAGUUAAGCCAUAUGAAUGUGAAGGACUGUGAAAACACUGGAACUUUGUCACUUUAGCCGUAAGUGCCAUUUGCUGACCUGUAUUACAACAGCAUGUAAAACUAGUUUUAGAGAAAUACCCAGUCCUUUCAAGGUUCGAUUUUAUUGGAUUUCUUUCUGUAGAAGGCACCUGCAAAAAAGGAGUUGAAGAUUUCAUUCUUAUAUUGACCUCAUCAUAUUCCUACUUGCAAUAUACAUACCUCAGAGGAAGAAAGGCUACACUACUCCCUAGAAGUCUCCACAGCUCUAUUCUAGAGGUACCCUACACCAAAAUUAAAAGUCUGUAGGACCAGCAAUGUUUUAAUAAUACCCGAGUGCAGGUAAGUAACCCCUCACUUCCUUUCAAGGAAGGCUCUGCCCCAUCCUGUCCCAUUAUAGUCUGUUGAAUGUUUAUCUUUGUUGGAAAGAACGGUAAUAAAGUACCAUAAAAUUCUGUAGACACACACAUAAAAGGGCAUUUGAGGCAAAAAACACAACAAACCCUACUUUAUCUGAGAUUCCUGCUGCCUCUUCACAUAGUGAAACAGACACAGUAAAUAGGGAUGAAUCAUGUGGAACUUGAUUUGUGCUUGAUUUUAUGUGACUCUUAUCAGAUAUUUUUCUUGAAAUAAAUGAAUUUGCAAUGUAGGAGAAUAAAUAAAAGAGCUAAAACCACAGGAAAGCUACCUACGCAAACUGGCACACACACGCCUUUUAUAGCCUCAGCUGAGACCACACCGACAGGUACCAUCCUCUGAGGUUCUGUUUCUAGCAUGAGGUUUCUUCUUCUGGAUGCAUCUUAAUUUAUAUAUAUGCCAAAAUAUAUUUUUCAAAUUUAAGACUAAAUUCAGCUUUUCACUUCAUAGUUACUAGGUCUGAAAGGAGAGAUGAAAGAAAGAUCCCAGUAGUUGGCCCCUCUACUCAUUACCUAAGUCACCUUGCAGACCAUAUUCUAAGAGGAAGGGAGGGAAUUAGGUUUUUUUGCACAGUAAAAUUAUGAACCAAGUCUGACACAGCUACUGUUGCCAGCUAUCUUUUUUGCAAGAGUUCAGGAAGUAAAUAUUUUCAUGUAAUUUCUUACUUGUUGCAAUAAAAUAUUUUCUCGUUUUAAUUUUCCAAGGUAUAUUUAAAAUAAUAUUGCAAAA